CAGGGCCCAGAAAAAAGCAACAAACAUAAGGUACACAAUCUGGGUUUCUGUGCAAGUAUAUAUAUUCAUAUGUAUUCAACAGAGAAAGUGGUUCGUUGGACUUAACCAGAAUCAAGAUCGGACCGCCUUGUUUCUGUGAAUAAAGCGUAAAAGCCAUGGUGGGUAUUUUCUCAAGGUUCUCUGUCAACAAAGCCAGUCAUCGACGCACCCAGAGUGCCAUUGAUGAGAGGGAAGUGCUGCCCCCUAAUUCGGAGGCUACAGGUGCAGCAACUGCUGCGGCCACUGUAUCUCAUGGGAUUGAAGUAGCAGUGGAGUUUAAGCCAGUUGAACAUCCAAUGGAGCCUCUUGACAAUGAUAGACCGAUUCAGUGCCCGCUACCUGAGCCUUCCAUUCUCAAUGAUGGAAGAAUUUGGAAGGAGAGAGUAUCAGCAACUGUGCCAAGGAGAGGUGACUUGCCAGUAAUGAUGGAAGGCGAGUCUCUUGAACCUGAAGCUGCUGUGCCAAAACCAAGAAAUACACGGCCAAAUCGCAUGAUUUUACCAUCUCUUAGUGCCCCUGAACAUAACAUUCUGAACUUACUAGAAGAAUGUAAUGCCGCCUCUGGGAUCUAAAACCUGGUACAUUGUUUCCUAUUUGGUAUUGAUGACCAUGUGUUUCUGUACAAUUUCAAUUGCUCAUACUCUGUGUACGCCCCUCUUUUUGUAUUUUAUAUUUUCUUAUCCAUAAAUGGGUAUACCGAAUAUAAUGCAUUCUUAGAUGUAUCAGUGUCACAGUUACACAAGAAUAUAUGUAAGUUACAAGUGAACAGUUCUCAGAAUUCCAACUCUUGCUUUUAUCAGUCAUUAGGUUCUGCUUUGUUUAUACAUCUUUGCCUUGGCUUGA